AUGGUAUUCCAUCUGUUCGGGCUGCGGGCCUUGGAGGUCUGGUUGUACGGUCGACUCAUCCGAAGCCCCCUCUUCCAUCAAAUGGUCGGUCGCGUUCAUCAACGCGUGGAGCAGAUUCGUCACGGUAUACCUCCGGAGCCAUCACGGACAACCCUCGAGGAAAAAGGAUCCCUCGAUAAGUUCGUUCGAUAUUUUAAGGAGGAAAUUCAAGAUCAGAUGAAGGGAAAGCCGCCUAACAAGUUGUAA